AUCUUCAUCAACGACAAUGUAGUGGAGACCACCUGGAUCACCGGCCGCUCCAUGGCCCCGACGUUGUCUCCCAACUACCACACCACCAAAGAGGAGGACCAGGUGCUCUGGCGCAAGUGGAAUCCGUGUGGUAAUCUGCGGCGCGGCGACAUUGUGCACUUCUCCCCGCCGCACAGGCCCGAAGCGCUUGCAGUCAAGCGAGUGAUUGCGUUGGAGGGAGACACGGUGGUGUUGGACAAGCGACGUCGCCCGACAGCUAAGGCAGGCCCGGAGAGACCGGAAGCGAGGGCGUGGGACGCGUGGAAGGGGCGGGCGACGGUGCCGCCGGGGCAUGUGUGGGUGGAGGGGGACAAUGUCGGGCUGAGCACGGACAGUAACGACUACGGCCCGAUCUCGAUGGGACUGAUUAAUGGCGUGGCGAUAUCGGUGGUGCGGCCGUUCGACAAGUUCUGGUCG